AUGACAACAGACGAGGCAGAGAGUCACCAAAAAAAGCCGAAACAACAGGAGGAAGCUGGCCAGGACGCCAGGCGGCCCUCACCGGAGGAGGAGCAGCUCCGGCCUCGCAACCGCAAUUCUGCUGGCCGCGGCCUCUCCCGUCUCUUCUCCUUCCUGAAGAGGCGCUCACAGUGUGAGAGUGAGGCGGGAGAGAGGGAGGACAAGGAAGAAGAUGAAGCUAAAGCCCCCAUCGCUGACCCUGAGCCUGAACUGAGGACAGAGGGAGAGGUCGCCCUGGAUCAGCACUCAGUGAGCAGUGCUGAGGCUCAGGCUGUCCAGGUACAGAAGAAAGAAGCUGAGGAGGAGGAGGGUGGGAAGGACAAAGACAACAACAAGGAGAAGGGGGAGGAGGCUGCCCUGGAAAAAGAGGAGAAGGAGGAGGUGAAGGAGUCCGGUCCUGAAGAAGGCAGUAAGGAGGAGCAGGAGGAGAAAAUGACAGAGGAGGAGGCAAAAGCUCCCAGAGCUCCACGCCGGCCCAAGACCAUGCAGAUCAAAGUCAGCUUGCUGGACAACACUCUGUAUGAGUGUGAGCUGGAUAAACAUGCUAAAGGUCAGGAUCUUUUCAUGAAGGUGUGUGACCACCUCAACCUUCUGGAGAAAGACUACUAUGCCCUGGCCAUCUGGGAGACUCCCACCAUGAAGACUUGGAUGGACCUAACCAAGGAGAUCCGCAGGCAAGUACAAGGUGCCAACUAUAAUUUCACCUUCAAUGUGAAAUUCUAUCCACCGGACCCAGCCCAGCUGUCUGAAGACAUAACAAGGUACUACCUGUGUCUCCAGCUGCGGAAGGACAUCCUGCAGGGCCGACUUCCCUGUUCCUUCGUCACCCUGGCCCUGCUGGGCUCCUACGCCCUGCAGUCGGAGCUGGGUGAGUACGACCCAGAGGUGCACGGCAAUGAAUACGCUAAGGACAUGAAAAUGGCCCAGGGUCAGACCAAGGAACUGGAGGACAAAAUGAUGGAGCUGCACCAUACAUACAGGUCAAUGAGUCCAGCCCAAGCAGACCUAAUGUUCCUGGAGAAUGCCAAGAAACUCUCAAUGUACGGAGUGGACCUCCACCAGGCCAAGGAUCUGGAUGGUGUUGACAUUAUGCUGGGGGUUUGCUCCAGUGGUCUGAUGGUUUACAAAGACAAACUGAGGAUCAACCGUUUCCCCUGGCCCAAAGUCCUCAAGGUCUCAUACAAACGCAGCAGCUUCUUCAUCAAAAUAAGACCAUCUGAGGUAGAACAGUAUGAGAGCGCUAUUGGCUUCAAAUUACCCAAUUACAAGGCUGCCAAGAAACUGUGGAAAGUGUGUGUAGAACAUCACACCUUCUUCAGGCUGACCUCCACUGAGAUGGCCACCACUCCUAGGAAGUUCCUGGCAUUGGGCUCAAAGUUUCGCUACAGUGGUCGGACUCAGGCUCAGACCAGACAGGCGAGCUCUCUGAUUGACAGACCAGCUCCUCUGUUUCAGCGCUCCUCCAGCAAGAGAAACUCACGCAGCCUGGAUGGAGCCACAGCGUCCACACCUGACAAUAAAUCCACUCGUCCGGUCAGUGCUCCUGUUAUGUCUCCGCUGUCUCCUGGGGAGGCAACCCCAUCACCACUGCUACCCACCCUGCCUCACUCUGACCACCAUGACGGCUCCACACCCAAAGGCCACUGCUUUUUUGACAGGAAGGCAGAGGUAAAGGCGGAAAGUCAGCCAACUGAGCACAGGAAGAGCCACAGUCCCAGACCAGAGUCCGCUUCGGAAAUCAAGACAGUGGCCAGGAGAGAACGCAGGCACUCCCCCUCUGUGACCACUGCCAAUGGGGAAAGAGAAAAAAAGAGCCAGCACUCUCCUCAGGACAAAACAAAGACGGAGAUAGUGCGAGUAAGGAAGAAAAGAGCUAAGAAACUUGAGGGUGAAACUAUUUAUAUCAGACAUAGCAAUUUAAUGUUGGAGGAUGUGGAUAAGACCCAAACUGAGAUCAUGCGUCACCACACUAGCAUCAGUGAACUGAAGAGGAGUUUCAUGGAGUCUGUACCAGAACCUCGGCCCAGUGAGUGGGACAAGCGUCUUUCCACCAACUCGCCUUUCCGCACAGCAAGCAUAAACGGCCAGCUGCAGCCAGCGUCUCCUGUGCUAAAGACCCAGACAAUCACCAUCUCAGAUGUCACAAACUCCCUGAGAGGAAGUGUGACCUACAAGGACAUACCCUUAGUUCACACUGAGACCAAGACCAUCACAUACGAGUCAGCACAGGUGUCUCUCCUACAGCCGGUGGACAGCCUGGCAGAGAGGGACUCAGGAGUGCUGCUGAGUGCCCAGACCAUCACUUCGGAGACCAUCAGCACCACCACCACCACCCAGAUAACAAAGACGGUGAAAGGAGGGAUCUCUGAGACUCGCAUUGAGAAGAGAAUUGUCAUCACUGGAGACACUGAAAUUGAUCAUGAUAAGGCUUUGGCUCAGGCCAUUAAAGAGGCAAAAGAGCAGCACCCAGACAUGUCUGUUACCAAAGUGGUUGUGCACCAGGAAACAGAGAUCACUCCAGAAUAAGACAGACUGAUCCCUUUGGAGUCCUCAAACCAUAUCUGUCUGCUGCUCCCACUCUUCUCUCUUACUUUACUCUCCAACACACCAUUUUACC